CUUAAUUUUUCAUAAAAAAUAAGAUAACAAGGCACGAACGCAAAAUAUCAAACCUUAAAACAUAAAUAAAAGCGUCUUUACCACACUGCACCACAAUCCACUAUCGGAAGUUGCGUAAUGCCACGCCAACAAUUUAACACCUCAAUUUCAAUCUUUUUUUCUCAAUUAACCAUUAUUUUAACCCAAACCAAAUAAAAUAUUAUCACCAUGGAUUGAAUUGAUCUACCAAAAAAGCUACAAAAGAAAUGGAUUUUUCUCAUCACUCAUCAACUCGCAUGAAUGUUGUUAAUGUUCCAAAACCUCUACUUUAUUAAAUCCUUAGCCUUUCUCGGACUUUUGGGCUUCUCUCUCUUCCUCGUCUUCAAUUUCAUGGCAACCCCAGAAACGAUUUCCGACCAACAAGAAGUCAAGAAAGAAGUUUAUUCUGUGUGGGCGAUUCCACCGGAUGAAGUUGGCGCCAGGCUGAGGAAGCUGAUGGAGGGGCUUCGAGCCGAGUUCAAUGGGCCCCAGUUCGAGCCCCACAUCACCGUCGUUGGGGCCAUCAGAUUGACGCCUGAUGAUGCUCUCGCCAAGUUCAGAUCGGCGUGCGAGGGCCUCAGGGCUUAUAACGCUAGCGUGGAUCGUGUGGCCACUGGUACUUUCUUUUACCAGUGCGUUUACCUUCUCCUUCAUCCAACGGCUGAGGUCAAAGGAAAAUGUGCCUAUUCAUAGAAAGAGGGUUUUCAUGCUAAAGAAGCAGGGAGAGAGAGGU